UUUAGUCAGUUUCCGGCUGCUCGAUCGGCUUCAUCUUCCUCGGUCAAAAUGUUGCUCAUCCCAGUUUUACUUCUCAUCGCAAUUUUCUCCGCAACUUGGGUUCUUAUCAUUCUUUACAUCAAGAGAAAUCGUGCUUUUGCCCGCAGUCUAACUCUGCAUCCCCCCAAAGUGUACUUCCUAGGCAUGGAUUUGACCAUGGCAGUCGAAGACGAAGUUCAACGCUUCGAAUCGGUUUGGCGAAUGUUCUUGAGCCACGAUCGGAUGUUCAAACACUUACUUGGGCCCAUCAUGGGCAUCGGGAUCAGUCAUCCGGAUUUGAUGCACAAAGUACUCUCGCAUCCGGAUUGCUUGGAGAAACCAUUUUUCUAUAACUUUGUGCAGUUGGAACAUGGAAUCUUUUCGGCUGAAUAUAAGCUGUGGAAAGGCCAACGGAAAGCGUUGAAUCCAACCUUCAACAUGAAAAUAUUGAAUAGCUUCAUUUCCAUUUUUGAGGACUGCAGUUCGAGAAUGGUGGCCGAUUUGUUCAAAUGCGCAAAUGGGGAAACGGUUGACAUGUUUCAAUUUACUUCCAAGUGUACAUUGGAAAUGGUGUGUGCAACUACGCUGGGAAGUAACGUGCUGGAACGAGAAGGAAGUGAUGAAUUUCUACGGAAUAUGGAAGGAUUAUUUGAGCUAGUGGGCAAAAGAAUGCUCAGUGUUGAAUUGUUCCUAGAUUCUAUUUAUCGAUUGACUAGUUAUUACAGAAAGGAGAUGAAGAUACGGAAAAAGAUUGAAGAAUUUUCCGGAAACAUAAUCAGAGAAAAGCGACGAGAGCAUAUGUUCUGUUUGAAUCAACAACACCUUCAUAAUGCAUCAACCCCGAAAGAAGAUGAAGAUGAUAUUCGGAAACCUCAAAUAUUCAUCGAUCAACUGUUGUCACUAUCCAACAGCAGUCGUCCGUUCACAGAUGAAGAGAUUUUGCAUAAUGUGUUAACCAUUAUGAUAGCCGGAAACGAUACCUCCGGUCUAGGGGUGGCUCAUGCAUGUCUCUUCCUAGCCAUCUACCCAAAUAUCCAGCAGAAAGUAUACGACGAAGUGAUGAAACACUUUCCUCCCGAUGGGCCUAACGAUCGCAUAUCCCUUGAUGCCGAUUUUCUUCGACAGCUCGAAUACACAGAAAUGUUUCUGAAGGAAGUUCUCCGCCACUGCCCGGUGGCUCCCACUGUGGCUCGUCAAAACUUGAAGGAACUGGAACUGGACGGCGUGCGCAUUCCGGCGGGGAACACUCUUUCGUUUUCGUUCUUUGCGUUGCACCGGCGAAAGGACAUCUGGGGACCGGAUGCGGAAAAGUUUGAUCCGGAGAAUUUUGCACCGGAACGGUGCGAAAAGCGACAUCCUUACGCUUUUAUGCCGUUCAGUAGUGGGUCUAGGAAUUGUAUAGGAGGCCGUUAUGCGAUGAUAAGUAUGAAGGUGAUGAUAGUGUAUAUUGUGCGGAAUUUUUCGCUGAAGACAAAUUUGAGGCAUUCACAUUUAAGAUACAAAUUUGGAAUGACUCUGAAGUUACCGUUUGCGCAUGCUAUACAAGUAUAUAAAAGAAACAUUGAACAAUGAAUCUUCGAAAUGAACUAUAUUUGUUUUUGUAGAAUGCCAUCGUGAUUAAGUGAAUAUGAUUCUAAUUUUUAUUCAUUGUCAUUGUCGUUUAUGGGCUUCGGAAUAGGGUUGUUCAAAUUAUUCAAUUUUCGGAGAGAUCAAUUGUAUUUGUAUCCCUACAUUUGUGGUUAAGAAUGUUAAGAAUGAUAUUCAUUCUGAUUCCACUUUAAACAUUGUACAUUAAGAUCAUUCCACAUUAAGUCAUUGAAAAAAAAACGGAACGCAUCUCAGAUUAUUCCAAGUUGAAACUUUGAAGUUGAAAAUUCCCAGUGUUUUUGCAAAUGGUAAUGUAGAUGAUUACAACUCGAUAAUUAGAACAGAGCUACAUAAAAACAAGGAAUUGUUAGCCAUUGAAUUUGGAAAAUAUGUAAGCUUUAUUUUGUACGUUACAGUCGUUAAAAUUUUGUUUUCUCGCAAAAAAGGGAAUUGAAAAAAAAUCCGAAAACACAUGAUAAUACCUAUUAAAUAGAACGUCACCAAUCCUUUUGUUAUUUUUAUUUCAUAAGACUUUAUCUUGGAAAACCUUCAGGGGACGCUUAUUUCAUAUACGAAAAAACGAGAAUCAAAGUUGUAGAAAGUGCUGAAGUUACCCGAUUAUGCACAAACCUCUGCAGCAAAAAAGUAAGUUAAAUUAAUAAGCAGCACAAUCAAAAUGAACCA